AUGAUGCAAAUCGGCUCAACAGUUCCGUCGCAUAAUCUUGACAUAUUUCAGGAAAGAUUCUCCGUUAAUUGUAAUGGGUAUUCUGUGAAACCCAUAACAAAAGCUUGUUUAUCGAAGACCUCCAUGAAAACCACAAGCUUACCAAGAACCAAGUUCACAAGGAAACACCUUUCAAAUCUUGAAAGACUAAUAGGUACAGAACCUGAGGUGAUCCAAUUGGAACCCAAAGUGAGUGCUGAUAAUGGGUUGCCGGAGGCGGAGAGUAGAGGAAAAGGGGGUCUUUUAGAGGGACUACAUUUGCCUCAAAUUUGGCCGGAAAAUAAAGCAGCGGAGGAAAUGUCUCCCCGACAGCUGAACCGCCUCCAACGGUUGUUGUCGAAGAACGGAAUGGAAUAUUCUCCCCGAAACAGCCUGGCUUCCAGGUGGAGAGAGUAUCACGGGAGCAAUAAUUGGGUGGGUUUACUUGACCCGCUGGAUGAGAAUCUCCGGCGAGAGAUGGUCCGGUAUGGAGAGUUCAUUCAAGCCGCAUAUCAUUGUUUUCAUUCGGAUCCUGCCACCUCAGACAAGGAAGCCCCAUCACCUCGGCAAGUCGCCAUCCCAGAUAGAUCCUACCGAGUCACCAAGACCCUGUACGCCACCGCUUCCGUAGGUUUCCCGGACUGGGUCGACAAGGUGGCACCAGAUCUCGAGUGGAUGACUCAACGAACCAGCUGCAUUGGUUACGUGGCAGUGUGUGACGAUGAACGAGAAAUCUCUAGAAUGGGCAGACGUGACAUAGUGAUAUCUCUUCGUGGGACCUCCACAUGUCUCGAAUGGGCAGAAAACAUGCGGGACCUACUCGUAAAAAUUCCAGACCAAUCCGGUGGACAACCUAAAGUGCAAUGUGGGUUUUUAAGCCUCUACAAGACCUCCGGAGCUCAUGUCUCGAGCCUAAGAGAGUCGGUGGUUUCCGAAAUCAAACGGUUAACUCGGUUGUACGAAGGCGAAACCCUAAGUAUCACUGUUACCGGCCACAGCCUUGGUGCGGCCCUAGCCCUACUGGUGGCUGAUGACCUGAGCACUUGUGCUCAGGGCAUUCCACCAAUAGCAGUAUACACCUUCGGUGGCCCACGUGUUGGGAACCGAGCAUUUGCAAAAAAACUUAGUUCCCAACAGGUGAAAGUACUGCGAAUCGUCAACUCAAAAGAUAUCAUCACUCGCGUUCCAGGAAUGUUUGUGAGCGAAGAACUUGAUAAAAAACUUCGUGAGUCGAAAAACAUGAAUGUAGCGUUGAAUAUUGUUGAUAACACGAUGCCGUGGGCAUAUGCGCAUGUGGGGACUGAACUACGGGUUGAUACAAGUAACUCACCGUAUUUGAAACCGGAUGCCGAUGUGUCAUGUUGCCAUGACUUGGAAGCAUAUUUACAUUUGGUGGAUGGAUUCUUAGCAUCAAAUUGUCCAUUUAGAUCAAAUGCAAAGAGAAGCUUAGUGAAGCUGCUACGUGAACAGAACUCAAAUGUGAAGAAACUAUAUACAAGCAAAGCAAAGGGAUUGAGGUUAAGUCUAGAUACAAGCAAAUCAAAGGGAUUGAAGUUAAAUCUAGAAAGGAAUAUGCAAAUGUCUAAUUGUUUGCCAAGUCCAUCAUAA